AUGACGACGCGACAAGCUGCUCUGUCGCUGUACCGUCGCUCGUUGAAGCUUGCGUUGGACUGGGCUGUCCAUCGCCAUCUAUGGCGAGGCCAAGCGCUCUAUAUUCGAUCUCUGUUUGAGGCCAACAGGAAAGUCUCAGACCCUCGGCAACAGAGAGCUUUAUUGGCAGAGACAGAAAAGUUACUAGAGAGCUGGAAGCACCCAGACCCGUAUAUUCCGCCAACAGCCCCGGGAGGCUCCAAAUUCGAACGAAACCUUCCUUCUCCGAUUUUAGACCCCCCCCCUCAUCGAGCAAACCACCAUUAA